AAAUCGUAGUUCCCUUGGAAAAGUAGUGGUUGGAAGUCAUUGUUUACGAUUUUUGUGAAGAAAGUCCCCCAGCGUCUAUGGGUACAAGUGGUGUGCGGAUUUAGCAUAUGGAGUGGGAAGUUUAUUGACACAAGAGACUCUGCAAACAUCGAGAUGGCAUCAAUCUUCUAAAUAUUCGGAGUUAUGACUGGGGAAUCAGCCUCUGCCGAUGUAGAAGCAGCCAAGACAUAUCCAGCUACCCUCAAGAUGAUCAUCGAGGAAGGUGGCUACACAUCUAAGCAGAUUUUUAAUGUAGACGAAACUGGUCUAUAUUGGAAGAAACUUCCUAACCGGACUUACAUCUCGGUUGAAGAGACGACAGCACCUGGAUUCAAGGCCUCCAAGGAUCGACUCACUCUAUUGUUUGGUGCCAAUGCAGAGGGAGACUGUAAGCUGAAGCCUGCCCUCAUCUAUCACUCGGAAAAUCCACGAGCAUUGAAGGGCUAUGUCAAGACCUUCCUACCCUGCUAUUGGUAUUCCAACAAAAAAGGAUGGAUGACGGGAAGCAUUUUUAAGGAUUACAUUGGAAAAUUGGAAAAAGAAUUAGAACUUUACUGUGAGAAGGAAGAGAUUCCAUUCAAGAUUCUGCUCAUCUUGGAUAAUGCGCCCAGCCAUCCUCUGUCAAUAGAAAAUCUAUCCAGCAACAUCCAGUUCGCUUUCUUGCCACCAAACACCACUUCAUUGCUUCAGCCAUGUGACCAAGGAAUCAUCAAAACUUUCAAGUCUUACUAUCUACGUUCGACCCUAACUGACAUGGUUGCGAGGACACAAACAGAUAAGAUGACCGUGAAGGAAUAUUGGAAGCAGUUUACCAUCAAAGAUGCUCUCCGUUUUAUAAAAGAAUCUUGGGAGAAAGUGCCAAGGAAAUGCCUGAAUGGGGUUUGGAAACAUCUGUGUCCUCAAUUGGUGCAUGAUUUCGUCGGCUUUGACAUCAGUGAAAAUAUUUACAAAGCUAGCAAGGAAUGUCUUGUCAAGGCAAAGGAAGCUGGGUUCGAUGAACUUGAAGAAAAAGACAUUGAAGAACUGCUUGAAUCACACCGAGAGGAAUUGACAAACGAAGAACUCUUGGAGAUGGAGAAGCUACAAAAUGCAGAGUUGGAGGCAGCUGCAUCACGGCCUACAGCACCCACCCCAGAGCCUGAGCGAAUGCUAACAAAAAGUGAUCUUGAAGAAGCGCUGUCAUCCAUACGAGGAGCAUUAGACAUCCUAGAAGCCAAGGAUCCCAACAUCAACAGGAGUGCUACAAUAGCUAGAAAGGUGAUGUCAGAACUGAACUGCUACACAGUAAUGCUUGAACCAAAGAAGAAGAAAACCACACAAACAAAACUGAGCCAGUUUUUUAUAAAAAAAACAGUUCUGGUUGAGGGAAGAGAGAAGGCCGAGGGAAGAGAGCAGGGUGAGGAGAGAGAGCGGGACGAGGAAGGACAGUGAGUGAGGAGGGAGAGGGGGGUGAGGAGGGAGAGGGGGGUGAGAAGAGAGAGCGGGACGAGGAAGGACAGUCGAGUGAGGAGGGAGAGGGGGGUGAGCGUGAGGACUGGAGUGAUGCGUCAUAGUGUUUACUAGUUUACGUGUGUUACAACUACUGAACAGUAUUUUCUUAAAUAAAUACAACUAGGGUAAGAAUGUGU